GUCGCGCAACCCUCGGCCGCGCCGACGUCCACCGCGUUGAAUGUCGCACCGGAAGAACCAGCUGAGCGCGACGCAGUAAACUUGUUCGAGCGGAGCCUGCGCGACGAGAUGUUCGAAGGCGACACCGGCGGAGACGAGGUGCGGAGCUCGGUUCACUCGGUGAAGUCCGGGAAGAGCAGAACUAGCAGUCGCUUCGGGAACCUGGGCUUAGCCGAGUCUCUACGCGCACAUGAUAAAAGGAACCACGAUCGGCGAUUCAAUUACCGGAGGCUCAAACAGCUCCAAAGUGACGCCACGAGUUCCCACUCGGGCAUUUCAGGUGCCACUUCUACCGCACCGGGGG